GUCUGGCGACCCCCGCCCUAGCAAGGACCCCGCCCCAGCGCAAAGAGGCCUCGAGAGCGGACUCCGGCCCCGGAGCGCGGCCUCGCCCGCCUCGCUCGCCGGAUCCCUGGGCUGCGGGCAUGGACAGCGCCCGCUCGCCCUAGAUGGACGGCGAUGGCGGCCGCCGAGACGCCCCCGGCGCGCUGAUGGAGGCCGGGCGCGGCACGGGGUCGGCGGGCAUGGCGGAGCCGCGGGCGAGGGCGGCGCGGCUCGGGCCCCAGCGCUUCCUGCGGCGCAGCGUGGUGGAGUCGGACCAGGAGGAGCCGCCGGGCCUGGAGGCGGCCGAGACGCCGAGCGCGCAGCCCCCACAGCCCCUGCAGCGCCGGGUGCUUUUACUCUGCAAGACGCGCCGCCUCAUCGCGGAGCGCGCCCGGGGCCGCCCCGCCGCGCCCGCGCCUGCCGCGCCCGCAGCGCCAUCUGGCUCUUCGGGUGCCCCCUCGGACCCUGGUCCGGAGCGAGCGGCCGCGCAGGAGCCAAGCCCGGAUCCCACCACCGCCUCAGCCACAGCCGAGCCGGCCCCCGACGGCGGCGCGCGGCAGGAGGAGGCGCCAGCCCCAACCCAGGAGGACGCUGGAGCUACCGAGGCGAAGCCCGAGCCCGGGCGCGCACGCAAGGAUGAGCCCGAGGUGGAGGAGGACGACGAGGACGACCUCAAGGCCGUGGCCACCUCCCUGGAUGGCCGCUUCCUCAAGUUCGACAUCGAGCUGGGCCGAGGCUCCUUCAAGACGGUCUACAAGGGACUGGACACGGAGACGUGGGUGGAGGUGGCAUGGUGUGAACUGCAGGACCGGAAGCUCACCAAGCUUGAACGGCAGCGGUUCAAAGAGGAGGCGGAGAUGCUGAAAGGCCUGCAGCACCCCAACAUCGUGCGUUUCUAUGACUUCUGGGAGUCCAGCGCCAAGGGCAAGCGAUGUAUUGUGCUGGUAACGGAGCUGAUGACCUCGGGGACACUGAAGACGUACCUGAAGCGGUUCAAGGUGAUGAAGCCCAAGGUCCUGAGAAGUUGGUGCCGGCAGAUCCUGAAGGGCCUGCUGUUCCUGCAUACAAGGACACCCCCCAUCAUUCACCGAGACCUCAAGUGUGACAACAUCUUCAUCACUGGACCCACCGGCUCUGUGAAGAUUGGUGACUUAGGCCUGGCCACCCUUAAAAGAGCAUCAUUUGCCAAAAGUGUGAUAGGUACCCCUGAGUUCAUGGCGCCUGAAAUGUACGAGGAGCACUACGACGAGUCGGUCGAUGUCUACGCCUUCGGGAUGUGCAUGCUGGAGAUGGCCACCUCAGAGUACCCCUAUUCGGAGUGCCAGAAUGCCGCCCAGAUCUAUCGCAAGGUCACCUGUGGCAUCAAGCCAGCCAGCUUCGAGAAGGUGCAUGAUCCUGAGAUCAAGGAGAUCAUUGGCGAGUGCAUCUGCAAGAACAAGGAGGAAAGGUAUGAGAUCAAGGACCUGCUGAGCCAUGCCUUCUUCGCGGAGGACACGGGCGUCCGGGUGGAACUUGCAGAGGAGGACCAUGGCAGGAAGUCUACCAUCGCCUUGCGGCUUUGGGUGGAAGACCCCAAGAAGCUAAAGGGCAAGCCCAAAGACAAUGGAGCCAUAGAGUUUACCUUUGACUUGGAGAAGGAGACCCCUGAUGAGGUGGCCCAGGAAAUGAUUGAUUCUGGAUUUUUCCAUGAGAGUGAUGUGAAGAUUGUGGCCAAGUCCAUCCGUGACCGGGUAGCGCUAAUUCAAUGGCGGCGUGAGAGGAUCUGGCCUGCUCUGCAGUCUCAGGAGCCAAAGGACUCAGGCAGCCCUGACAAGGCCAAGGGUCUACCAGCGCCCCUGCAGGUCCAGGUGACCUACCAUGCACAGAGUGGUCAGCCUGGACUGCCAGAACCUGAGGAGCCUGAGGCUGACCAGCAUCUCCUACCCCCUACCUUGCCAGCUAGCGUUACCUCCUUAGCCUCGGACAGCACUUUCGACAGUGGCCAGGGCUCCACUGUGUACUCGGACUCCCAGAGCAGCCAGCAGAGCAUGGUGCUCAGCUCCCUCGUGGACACGACUCCAACCCCAGCCUCGUGUGUGUGCAGCCCCCCUGUGAGUGAGGGGCCUGGCCUGACCCACAACCUGCCUGCACUAGGGGCUUUCCAGCAGCCGGCCACUGUGCCUGGCCUGUCAGUAGGCCCUGUGCCACCCCCUGCGCGCCCUCCACUCAUUCAGCAGCAUUUUCCAGAACCUUCCAUGAGCUUCACUCCUGUACUACCACCACCCAGUACCCCUGUGCCCAUGGGCCCAAGCCAGCCAGCACCCCCAGUCCAGCAGCCUCUUCCAAUGGCCCAACCACCUACCCUGCCACAAGUCCUGGCCCCGCAGCCCGUGGGCACUGUCCAGCCAGUGCCCUCUCAUUUGCCUCCAUACCUGGCUCCAACCUCCCAGGUAGUGGCCCCUGCUCAGCUGAAGCCUCUCCAGAUGCCGCAGCCACCUCUGCAGCCUCUUGCUCAAGUCCCUCCACAGAUGCCUCAAAUGCCUGUGGUUCCCCCCAUCACUCCCUUGGCCGGACUCGAUGGCCUCCCUCAGACCCUCACUGAUCUGCCAGCUGCAAAUGUGGCCCCUGUGCCACCACCUCAGUAUUUCUCACCUGCUGUGAUCUUGCCAAGCCUCACGACACCCCUGCCCACAUCACCGGCCCUGCCUCUGCAGGCUGUCAAGCUGCCUCACCCCCCAGGAGCACCCCUGACUGUGCCCUGCCAGACCAUCGUGCCAAAUGCACCAGCUGCUAUCCCCCUGCUGGCUGUGGCCCCGCAGGGUGUGGCUGCACUGUCCAUCCAUCCAGCAGUGGCCCAGAUCCCAGCCCAGAUCCCGGCCCAGAUCCCGGCCCAGCUCCCAGCUCAACCUGUGUACCCAGCAGCCUUUCCACAGAUGGCAUCUGGAGACAUUCCACCCUCACCCCACCACACGGUGCAGAGCUUACGGGCCACCCCUCCACAGCUGGCCUCACCUGUGCCUCCUCAGCCUGUCCAGCCCACUGUCGUCCAUCUACCUGAGCAGGCUGCUCCAACUGCUGCCUCAGGGACCCAGGUCCUGCUGGGCCACCCUCCUUCGUACACUGCGGAUGUCGCUGCUGCUGCUCCAGUCUCUGCUGUGUCCCUGCCACCUGCUGUCCUUUCCCCUCCUCUGCCAGACACUUUGCUGCCUCCUGCCCCUGAGCUCCUGCCCAAGCUCCCCAGCUCCCUGGCCCCCACAGUGGCCGCAGCCUCUCAGAGUGUACCCACCCAGACCUCUACGCUACUCCCGCCAACAAACCCACCUCUGCCCUCUGGUCCUGCGGUCGCUGGUCCCUCCCCUGCUGUCCAGCUGAUGGUGGAAGUGGCUCAAGAGGAGCAGGCUUCACAAGACAAGCCCCCUGGCCCCCCACCAACGAGUGAGAGCUUUGGAGCUUCCGAUGUCACCUCUGGAAGAGACCUGAGUGACAGCUGUGAAGGCACCUUUGGAGGGGGCAGGCUGGAGGGCAGGGCUGCCCGGAAACACCACCGUAGGUCCACUCGUGCACGCUCCCGGCAGGAGAGGGCCAGUCGGCCUCGGCUCACUAUCCUGAAUGUGUGUAACACGGGGGACAAGAUGGUGGAGUGUCAGCUGGAAACGCAUAACCAUAAGAUGGUGACCUUCAAGUUCGAUCUUGAUGGGGAUGCUCCUGAUGAGAUCGCCACAUACAUGGUAGAGCAUGACUUCAUCCUGCCUGCUGAGCGAGAGACGUUCAUCGAGCAGAUGAAGGAUGUCAUGGACAAGGCGGAAGACAUGCUCAGCGAGGACACAGAUGCUGAUCAUGGCUCUGAUACAGGGACCAGCCCUCCACACCUGGGUACCUGUGGUCUGGCCAUGGGGGAGGAGAAUGGACAGUCUCAAGCCAACGCCCCUGUCUAUCAGCAGAAUGUCUUGCACACGGGGAAGAGGUGGUUUAUCAUCUGUCCAGUGGCUGAACACCCAGCAACAGACACUUCUGAAUCAUCACCCCCACUUCCUCUAAGCUCUUUGCAGCCAGAAGCCAGCCAAGACCCAGCGCCCUAUCCAGACCAGCUGUCCGUGAAGGACAAACCUAGUUUCCCAGCUGCUCAGCAGCUCCUGAGCCAGGCAGGCUCCAGCAACCCUCCUGGUGGAGCCUCAGCCCCCUUGGCCCCAUCUUCCCCUCCUGUGACUACUGUAAUCCCGGCAGCACCAGCCACCAGCACCGUGCCAGAGUCAGCAUCAGGGACUGCCGUGCAGGCAGGGGGUCCAGGGACUCAACAAGGACCAGCCAGUAUCCACGAGACCCUCCAGCCACUGGUCGAGACUCACCAUACCCAGUGUGCUGCCCAACCCCUCGCUACUGGUCAAGGACCUUGCACCCCAGCUCCAGAAGCCUCUCGCGGCUCCGCAGGUCUGGGGGAGCCCAUUUCAACCAGGGAUGUCAGCACUCUAGGGGAGCCCUUGCCUGCUUCAGUGCCAGAGCCCAGCCCCCCCAUUGGGGCCGCACAGCCUGUACAGGGUCAGCCACCACCCUCACUGCCCAUCACGGUGGGAACUAUCAGCUUGGCAGCUCCCCAGCUCCCCAGUCCCCCUCUAGGGCCUACUGCUCCCCCACCACCACCCUCAGCCUUGGAAUCAGAUGGGGAAGGGCCACCCCCUAGGGUGGGCUUCGUGGACAACACCAUCAAGAGCCUGGAUGAGAAACUGCGGACUCUGCUCUAUCAGGAGCAUGUGCCCACCUCCUCGGCCUCGGCUGGGACUCCCAUGGAGGCAAGUGAUAGAGACUUCACCCUGGAGCCCCUGCGAGGAGACCUGCCCUCAGCUUUGAGUGACAGGACCCCAAGCCUCACCCAGCAGGCCCAGCCCUCAUUGGAAAAGUCAGAAACGGCCCCUGCAGGAUGGGCCCUGACCCAGCGGGAACAGGGUGCGUCUUCUCCAAUGACAGCAGAGUCAUCUUCCAGCAACACACUGGGCUGUGACAGUGACACAGGGCAGGUGGCCUCAGACUCCCCCUCAGUACCCAGUGCCCCCCAGGAUGCCUCUGCUGCCUCCAUCCCUACACACAUGGAUCCCAAAGAUCAGAACAGUAAUGUUCCCAGAGAAGCCUUGGUUGCAUCUGUGCAGAGUUGCCAGGGGACCGUCACAGAAGGCAGCCCAGCCCAGAUGCGCGGCGCUCGGGUCUCUGGGUCCCCUCAUAAGCGGCUAGGACAGCCGGAUAGCAGUUCUCCAGCCAAAACUGUGGGCCGCUUCUCCGUGGUCAGCACGCAGGAUGAGUGGACUCUGGCAUCGCCUCACAGCCUGCGGUAUUCUGCCCCACCCGAUGUCUAUCUGGACGAGAUCCCCUCCAGCCCUGAUGUCAAGCUGGCAGUGCGGCGGGUGCAGACAGCCUCCUCCAUUGAGGUUGGCGUUGAGGAGCCUGCCUCCAGUGACUCUGGAGAUGAGUGCCCGAGAAGGAGGCCCCAGGUGCAGAAGCAGUCCUCCCUGCCGGGUAGUAGCGGUGUGGCAAGUGACUUCGUGAAGAAGGCCACUGCCUUCCUGCACAGGUCUUCAAGGGCUGGCUCGCUGGGCCCUGAGACACCCAGCAGGGCAGGUGUCAAAGUCCCCACCAUCAGCAUCACCUCCUUCCACUCCCAGUCAUCCUACAUCAGCAGUGACAAUGACUCAGAGUUUGAGGACGCAGACAUAAAGAAGGAACUACGCAGUCUGCGGGAAAAGCAUCUGAAGGAAAUUUCUGAGCUACAGAGCCAGCAGAAGCAGGAGAUCGAAGCCCUGUACCGCCGCUUGGGCAAGCCACUCCCUCCCAACGUGGGGUUCUUCCACACAGCACCUCCCAUGGGCCGCAGGAGAAAAACCAGCAAGAACAAACUGAAGGCUGGCAAGCUACUGAACCCCCUGGUGCAACAACUCAAGGUCGUGGCCUCCAGCACAGGUCAUUUGUCUGACUCCAGCAGAGGCCCUCCCACUAAGGACCCUGCCCACGCCAGCACGCCCCCGGGCACCAAGGCAGUUCAGACCCAGCAGCCCUGCUCCGUCCGGGCCUCCCUGUCCACAGACAUCUGCUCCGGUUUAGCCAGUGAUGGAGGUGGAGCGCGUGGCCAAGGCUGGACGGUUUACCACCCAACGUCUGAGAGAGGGGCCUAUAAGUCUAGUAGCAAGCCUCGUGCUCGAUUCCUCAGUGGACCCGUAUCUGUGUCCAUCUGUCUGUAUUUGUUCUUUUGUAUUUUCCCACCUCCUGGCCCUUGGUUUCUCCCCUCCCCACCCCGUCUUCAUUACCUCUCAUACAUUUCAUAGGAUGCCACUCCAGCCCUUGAAGUCACCUCCUCCAUGUAAAAAGGUGGACCCCACAAGCCUUUCCUACCACACACAGUGUCCAUAGUCACCCAGCCACAGUCAGCUGUGUGCAUGCUCUUGGCUGCGCCCAGGCACCAAAAUCAUGCGCAACAGCAUACCUACCUCUCCCGUGGCCCCUCCACCACGUACACCGGGGCAUUCUGCACCCUUCCCAUCACCUCAUUCCUUUUCUUUUCUUUGGAUGUUGGACGUAGUUUUCUGUUGUAAUUGUGGCCAGCAUACAUGUCUGCUGUCUCCCAGUUCCAAUGACAACAAAAAGACAACCCCAACCUUCUCCAGAUACCCAGUGUGUUACACACGUACCUGGACUCCCACAACGUGCAUGUCGCAGACCGAUGACAGCUCUGAUGUCCCUGGAGGGUGUGACUUCUGUGUAGGGCCAAAGGCCAGCACCCAGCCCCAUCUCCACCCUCUUUCCCACUCCCUGCAUGUGGAGGUGCUAAGAAUGUGUUUCAGGGGUCUCGGGGGCAUAAACCAGUGGCACAGCCCUUGCCUAGCAUGCAAAAGACAGGCCUCGGGUGCCAUCCCCUGGACUGCAAAACAAAGGACUUGUUCCAGCUAGGGCUUCCUGGCCCUCUACCCUACCAUGCAGGGUAGUCCCCUCUGCCAUCUCUCCCUACCCUCUGCUCACGCCAACUUAGAAAGAUUAAUAGAUACCUGCCCCAUUCCACAUAGUUCAUGCGUUGGAGCCUGCAUUCUGCCUGGGUCCCUGUUCUUUCCCACCCAGCUGGGGCACUCUGCUCAGUAAGUCUUCAGCUGACCCAUGUGACAUGAGGGAUGAAGCCAGUGAGGCAGCUCCUUCCCCUUCCACCAGACUCACAUCUAGUGCCAGCCUCCCUCACAUAUACUGGGACACGUUUCUAGUACCCAGGAUGCUCACCUGCUGGGACCAACUCACCCUGGUGCAAUUUGUUUUUAACCCUCACGAUGAUUGGCAAAUCAACCCAAAGUUGUAGAGCUUUUAGGGUUUUUGUCUUUUUUAACUGAAAAAAGAAAAGAGUUUUUUGACAAUUGGAUUGGAGAUGCUGGUUUGGGGCACAUGACUUUUUGCUUGUACAAUAAAGAUACAUUGUGCUUGUGGGGACCCAGAGACCAUGUCUGUGGUAGGUGACCAUUGCCAUUCCCUACUCCCUGCAUCAGAGGCCCAUGCUGGGCCAUCCUCCUCCAGGUGGACGUGCCAAGGGCACAUGGCUAUGUGGAAGUGCCAGGGGCUUCCCAGCAUCUUCUUGUCUGUUCAGUAGUCUGCCCGCUGUGGCACAGUGACAUCUGGCUUGCAGUGCGUCUCUCUAGCUUCCCGUCAGUUACUGAGUUGAGGAUGAGAAGGGCUAGGAGGGCUCCCUUUGUGUGUCCCUCAUAUUUCUGCAGCAGGCAGUCUGUGUACCCACCUGCCAGCCUCAUUCUGGCCCUUGCUUGCCUGAUGCCUCUUCUGACUGUGGCUGGUGGGGACACAACUCAUAAGAGGAUGGUCACUAGGUGUGACAGCACCUGGAACUCUGGGUAUGUCCUGUGCCCGGGGCAGAGCACAUGACAGUUUGUCGUAGCAAGCUCAGUCAUGCCUCUCUGAGGGCAGCUUCUCUAGUUCAGGUCAUGUCUUUGAAUGGUGUUCGUUGGUUUCACUGUGAGUUACUGGCCUGAGACUAAGAAACAGUGGGGAGAGGGGACGUCUGAACAGGCUUGGCUCGGUGGUUUCAGUUGUUACUCUGCGUGCCCAUGGAUUGCUGGUCCACAGCCUGGCCUAUCAAGGCAGGCUGGGCUGGCUCAGCAUCCUCUGACCCUUACAUGUUCUCAAGUGGCUGCCAGGCAGAGCUUAGGUGAGUCCCUACUCUGGCACCUCUCACUGUGGUACAGUGUAUGGAGAAUCUUGGGCCAGUGCACUCUGGAAGUGAAGCCCAAAGGCUCUUUUAUCCUGCAGGCUGCUGGCCUCCAAGUUUUAGGGGUCUAGCCUCUCGUUGAGACAUCCGUUUGUAUGUCUGUGUGCUGGUUUCUGGGUAAACUGUAGAGUGUCUUCAAGAGGAGAUGCGAGGCCUGUGAGAAUCGAGCAUGGAGUAUGAGUAUUGAGUCGGGGGGGGGGGGGACAGGGAGCAGUGCUUCAUGAGUGAGAGAGGAUAAAUGACGGAAGGGUGGAGCCUGGCCGUGAGGCUGAGAGGAGAGAAGGGCUCUCAGGGCAGAGUGCACAGGUGGCUGAUAAGAUGCUAGAGUAUGCCUGCCUUGGAAGCUGUGUGAUCCGGGAGGCCUUGGUCAAGCCUACACAGUAUCAGUUCAUGUCUUUGGCGUGUGACAACCCCUACUUCCUAGAGAGAAAAGGUGCUAAGAAAACAAAAUAUUCUUUAAACUUUUAGUACAGAAAUAUCUGGGCUUCCAUGAAGCCCAGAGAAGGAAAAGGAGCCCCCAGGAGGGUAAUUUGAGCUGGAGGACCUGUCUCAGGUGGAGUCAGGCAGAGCAUCAGAGAGCUCCAGAGGCAGAGCUGGACGUGAGACAAGGGGCAGUUGGAGAUGGGCUGUGGGUGGAAAGGCCUUGGCAUAGAGCUCUGUUGAGACACCAUUUUAUAAGACAGCAAGUCUUAUAAAAGAAAACAUUAAUUGGGGGCUUGCUUAUAGUUUCAGAGGUUUAGUCCAUUAUCAUCAUGGCGGGGAGCAUGGUAGCAUGCAAGCAGAUACGGUACUGUAGAAGGAGCUGAGAAUUUAACAUCCAGAUCCACAGGCAACAGGAAGAGACUGAGAUACUAGGCCUGGCUUGGGCUUUUGAAAUGUCAAAGCCCAUUCCCAGUGACACAUUUCCUCCAACAAGGCCACACCUAUCUCCUAAUCCUUCUCAAGUAAUGCCAUUCCCCAGUGACUAAGCAUUCAGAUGUGUGAUCCUGUGGGGACCAUUCUUAUUCAAACCCAUCAUAGGCCUCCAGGGAGUGUGGACCUAUAUCAGUUCCCUCCUCCCAGUCUGGACAGGGUCCUGGCACAGAUCCAAUGGCUCACUUGCAUGUCCCUUCCUAUGGUAGACCAUGGCAUUCAAUCAGACAUAUUUAUUCUAAAACAACGAUGGCCAUGGAACUGAGGAGGAAAAAUUCAAGUCAGAACCCAAGGCUGAACUUGGGUGUCUGCUCGUGAGAAACUGUGGGUACAGCCUACUGAGACACUUGGUUUGUGUCCUAUCCUACCCAUGCUCGGGCAGGCAUGGGCACCUCUUGUUUCUUGCUGUGCCAUAGGAAACAUGAGGUCUCACAAUGUGUUGUUACGUCAUCCUGUUCUCAUUUGCCUCAGAUCUGGUGUGGGAACCCUCGGAAGCCUUCCCAGCCUUUUUCUCUCUGCAUUGUUCAUAUCUCUUGCUGGUGGUGAGAGAGUCCAGUGAGGUCCCCCAGCAGGGCACACAGGAGACCUCUUACACACUCCGUAGCCUAGGCUUACCAUAGAGGGCUGUGAAAGCAGGCAUGUUGGCUCCAGGCUCUGUAAGACCCAGGAUUAUACAGCUCAAGGCCUAGUAAAAAUGGUUUCAUGAUGGAGUAAACCAUAUCUUGUUUCUGAACUGAUGCAUCCUGGGUAGUUUUUUAGUUAUUGUCACCACUUGAGAAUAAGGAUUGUUCAAUAUAGAAACAGCUCUGGGGGUAUAUUAGCCCUUGAUAUCAGAAUUGGGUGGAGGUUGAGUGGGGGUUGUCUAGUGGUCUGUAGUUAGAGCUGGCCUGUGGAAGGUUGGGAUGGGGAUGAAGCUGAGACACUUGGGCUGGCUAUAGGGGACCUGGUACCAGGAGGGCUGACUCCCCAAGGAGGCCUGUUCUAUAAACCUCAUCAAUGUUUGAAUACUGGGAUGCAGAGAAGAGAUGUGAGGCCGGAGCCCCUCUUUUAAGUAUUUGUCCUUGUCUUUCCUCCUGAGCUUUAUAUCUGCCAUGCUUGAGAAGUUCUUAUUGCCAGCUAAGGUCCUCAGGGUGGUGAUUGUGAGACUCUGGAGAGGAGGUGCUGUUCACCCACGUGUGUUUCAUGGUUUGAACCAAAGCAUAUAUGCAGAGACCUCACCUCACUGCAGGGACAAAUGGGAUAUCCAGGGAGAUCAGGCUGGGACUGGUUGAAACCAUCCUGCCUCUGCCUGGUUUGAUCUGCUCACCUAGUGCUAUCCUGGCAUAGUAGUAACGGGGGCCAAGCUUGUUCAUCAGAUGCCCCAGGUAGAGACCCUGUCUGUUGGUAUACUGGGAGCCAUCUAGGGAUAUGCAGGACUUUCAACAUGGAGUCUUAGAUGUUCCCCUGAGACUUUGCACCAAGUCCUCCCAGAGAGCGGUGUGGCCUAAGUGUUGACAUAAAAUGACAAACACUGGCUGAUUUGGCCAUGGUCACCUGAGUCUGGAAUCCAGGAAGGCCAACCAGAGCACUCACUCCCUCUGGCAUUCUACCCAGUGUGACAAUAGCCACACAGGGUCCCAAAUCCACAGCCCCCUUUCCUCCAAAAGUAGACUGAGAUUCCUUCCCCACAACACACAGUGUCUUCCAAAUCCCUCCUGUUUAUCUCCCCUCUUUCAAUUUGAAAAUUGAAUUACUCAACAAAUACCCCAUUGCCCCACUGUAACCUUAGAAACCCAUACAGAAUAAACUAAAAUGAAUAAAUCCAUUGCAGCUGUGCUUCGGGUCCGAUACACAGGCUAAUUCUGACUGAGGUGUGGCCAGCGGUCAUGCCCUGUCCUAUCCCUCAGGGCAAGAGUGCCAGGCCUAUGAGCCAGUGCCUUGUGUGAGAGCACCCCCUUCCUGGAACAUGUGUUUCGGAGAGGGGAGAUGGGGCUGGAAUACAGAUCUGCUAUGCUAGUGUGGCUUUGCCAAUUGACCUUGGGGAAGUCUGAGCUCUUCCUUGCCACUUGUGGCUCCCAGAGUGGCCAUAGGUUAAAAUAGAAUCACAGUGCAUGCUGUAGCCCAGGCUGGCCCUGGGUCACUGGGUUACUCUACCCCUCUACACUGCCAGAUGUCACAUUCUGUAUGUUGCCCAUGGGACCCCAGACAAACUCAGGACAGUGGGGCUAGAGCUGUUUUAGUGAUCAUCCAGUAAGGCUGCUUCCCAUGCCCGUGGGGAAAGUGAGUUGGCAGAGAAGAGGCAUGAUGUCUCCCCAAAUCCUUAUCAACCCCAAGAAAGACUCACUAAUAACCCUUCUAGAUGCCCAUCUGACCUAGUCCAAGGCAGCCAUCUGGGAUCCAGAAUUGGCCUCAGACCUGCAAAACAAUGUAUCUUUUUGCACUUGGAAAACCUCUGGUGGCCUUGGUGGCCAGCCCAGGCUGAGCCUGGCUCCAUUCGGGGACCCCAUGGCUGACUUUCAGUGGGUUUCCCUGCCUCAACCAGUGGGACUCACAAAGGCCUGGUGUUUGAAACCCAUGCAGUGUGCUUUGCAAUUUUUUUUUUUUUUGGGUUUGUUUUUCUGGUUUUUCUUUUUUCUUUCUCUUUUUCCGGAAUAUGCUUUUAGAGACAAAACACUUCUCCUUGAAGCUUGGGGGCUUGCCCUGGCACCUCUACCUCCUCAGCGAAGGCCAUAAGAGCCUGCACACGAACUCUGGGGAUGUCACCCCCUUCUCCCAGGCCAGGCUGGCCUCCCUCUCCGACUGCUGCCUGUGUCUGUCCCUCCCUGCACACUGAUGACUUUUGCUUACACGUGGUGUGUGCUGUUCUGCCUAACUCUGUGGUCUUGUGUCCUUUGUUCUUCC